AGAGUUCAAUUUUAUGUUCCUUCGAGAUGGGGACCGCCUGCCGUUAGUCGCACGAUGUUCACGGCAUUCUUCGCGGGCAAAACGUUUCUUCGCAGGUAGGAGAGGAGUUCGGUUGUUAAAGUCUACGGCUCGUGUUCGGCUCUUUCAGUCUGAAGAGCGCCGUGUAUUUAAUCGUAUAUUUCAGGCUAUCGCAUUUACGAGUAUCGAUCUCCCGUAUCCCGGCGCGAUCUUUCUCCGAGGGAAUUUUGCAUACAUUUGUCGGAACUGAAGGGGACAGUUAACGUGCAAUAUGCUACCGUACGACUCUAUCCUUCUUCUCGUUUAUCAUUCAAAAUGAUCGUUUACCUCCAAUUUACUUCGUCUAGUGAAAACAACUCGUUAUUGGUAUAAACGUGCGCCAUUCGCUUCAUGUAUCUUGUAAGGAAACCGUAGUAAAAUAAUUAAUUGAUCUUUCUCUUUCUCUUUCUCUUUAUUCACAUUAACAGUCGUUAGGAAUCGCUUUCACCGUCUCGCUGGAUCGAUAACGUCCAAAAACCAGUAACCUUUCGCGAAGUCAUUCGCCUUGCGCUCACUAAUGCAGGUAUUUACCCCCGCAUCCUUCGAAAGGCGUGUUCGCGUUCGCGAGAGAUCGCUCGUCGCCAAGAACCAGACCGAUAGGAAUGCGUAUAAUGAAUAAUGUAUAAUAUACUGACCAUUAAUCACAAUGCUCCUUUCAUCCCGUUUUAUUGCACCGAACGCGGUAAUUUCACAAUCGUUUGCAUAAUCUAUUUUUCUCUUUUGUAAAUACUCACCGAGUUCUCUUUCUCUUUCUCUUUCUUUCUUUCUUUCUCUCUCUCUCUCUCUCUCUCUCUCUCUCUCUCUCUCUCUCUCUCUCUCUUUUUCUGCUCGUCGCGGUCUCUUCGCGGUAUCCGUAAAUAUCAAUGACUAGUCGUACGAGCUCGUUUACUACGUUGCUACGUCUUAUAUAUUACACGUACAAAGAUACUUACAAUCUACAUACUCGUAGAUAUUAAAUCCGUACCUAUAUAUCUACUCGUUCUCUUCUUGAGCGUGCCCAUGAAAGAAGAAUACUUUGCCGCGAAAAUUUUAUCGCGUCGCUCGAUCGAUUUUAUCGUUCGAUAAAACGUAUUUACGAGGCGUCAUCGGAUCGAGCGUGUCUCUUAAUUUAACGAAAAUUGCCUUUGGUUAAGCGGCUCGCUUAAGUGACAGAUGUAUCUACCUGGUCUGAGUUUGUUCCAUUCAAUGAGCGUACGCGGCACGCAUAAUACAUUUUACUCGUACAAACAUAGGAGGAGGCGAACCUAUCGCGAAAGACAACUUCGAAGCAACCUCCCGAGGUCAGGCGCGUGGUGGACGAGAGAAAGCUCGAUGGCUGCCGUGUUGAAUCAUCUUUUUCGUGUUCCCGUGCUCUAAAACUUUUAAUCGGCCAUUCAUCACUGAUUUUAUUUACGCGUGUCCGUCAUACGUUACUUUCAAAGAUAUAUUUCGCAAUGGUGGAAGAAAGUUGAUGUAUCUAUCGUCGGCGGAUCUACCAAGAAAGAUACUAUCGACGUUCGAUCGUUGGAACGUAAUCGACGAUGACAUUGAACGCGGUACCGAUCGUGCGCGCAUUCCUUUGCCCUGACACCUCCUCUCCUUCUCCCCCUUUCUACAUAAAACUGGAGAGAGAGAGAGAGAGAGAGAGAGAGAGAGAGAGAGAGAGAGAGACAAAGAAACGGAGAGAGCCGUCGUACGCGAUCAGCUCUUGCGCCGAUGCCGACGGUAGGCUGUCACCUCUGGAUAUAAACGAUGGAUGACGUCAGUAUGACAUCAGUGAUCCAUAUCGUCGUUACGGCUCGAAGCCAACUUUCCACGGAGUUUCUCUUCGAAGUAGACGGGGUGAGAAAUACAAAUUAACACGCACGACCCUCCAUCACGUAUUACGAGUUAAUGUGUGGCCAACGAAGAAAGAAGCCAGGCGAAGUUCUAAUCCUCGUGAGAUCAGUUGAUCCGUCUGGUGGAUCCGUGACGUCAUGGGCCACCAACGGAGCAUCCCGGAACGGAAGCGUUGAAGUCUCCGGUUAGCGAAGAUUCGGUGGCACAGACGGCUACUCUGACGAGCCUCGCUUUCUUCCUGAGUUCCGGGCUGAGCGGCACGGUUUCCGGAGCACCGACCAGCUACGGUCUCCAUACCGCCAUCUCGGAAUCCAACAGCAAUAUGGAGCCUUGGCUGCAACCAUGCGGUACGCCGGUUGCGGCAGCUCUGAAAAAAAUGCCCCAACGUCACAGCGUUCAUAGAGCGUUGAAGAGGGUACGAACCCAGCUCAGGGUUGCUCAGAAUCACUUUAGGAAGGACCUUAAGGAUAUUCAUGAGAUUUAUUCGAAGGUGUACAAAGUGCUGAAGGAGCAGUACAGAAUGAACUGGCUUCCGGAGAAGCAGCUCGAAUGGUACCAUAGGGAACUCUGGUGCCUCGAGAAGGGUAAGAAGGCGGAGCGUGCACUUCCACGUCUUCACGACGCCCUUCAGAGGUUCGCCAUCACGUUCCACCAUCUUAGAGCGUUCCGACUAAAGUCGAACAUCAACGUCGAUCUUACGAUGAACAGGCGAAACGAGAUUAUCGAUGCCAUGCAAAUCGAAAUUCUUCGAAUGCUUUGCGAAGUAGAAACAGCGAUCCUGAAUCUAGGAUUGCAACUACCAACCGCUCACAAGGCGGUCAUCGUCACGGAAAGUCGUAAUUGGGCCAAGGAAGGUGAUCUAACGCUCAUGCUCAUUCAAGAUUGGGGAGUUCUAAGAUUAUAUCAAACCUUCCUGAACGAUUGGACGCGUGCCUUUCGUAAUGCCACUGCGACUGGACCUGGUACCUGCGAUCCUAACACGAUAAAACCGCUGAUCUUACGACCGAAGAACAACAAGAAGGGUCCGAAAGCUGGAACGGGUACUAAAGGGAAGAGAAUACCGAAGAUCAAGAAAGAGAGAGUCAAUAGGAAACAUCCGCUCGGUUCGAAUCAAACGCAACCCUUGACACGAGGACCAAAAGUAUUCCCAAGGAAAAGACUGACGAGGAAGAAACAGGCGAGACCAGCGUAGUCAGCGAAAGUCCGUGAUCUCGAGUGAUCUUGCUCGUCUUUAUCUAAUUUUCUUUCACUUUUUUUUUUAUUUCUUUUUAUUAUUAUUAUUAUUUUUUUUUUUUUAUACUUUCUCCCUUUUCGAUUCUAAACUAUAGACUAUAAUCUUUCGAUGUCGAACACUCGCAAAAAUGACGUUUAUCCUCACGCUAGCAGACACAAAUAUACAGGAACACAGACACACACGCACAGACACACAUUAACAUCAUUUACAUACGUUCUUCUAUUUAUUGCAUCGCCACGAUCAUUAAUUUUCUUUACAUUCUAAGCGUUAACUCUAUUCUCGAUCGACAGAAAGAGAUGACACUUGAUAUAGAAACUCGAAUCCGAUCGAGUUAUUCAAAAGAAAACAUUUUUCCUCUUCUCUUUUACGUUUUGAUCAACGUUCGUUCGGCUGGCGGUCCAGCCGUAAUUUUCACUAGGGGACCAGUAUUAAGAGAUUUACUUCGAAACAGUAUUAUAUCUAAUAACGCGUAAUAACUAAUAAUAGCGGUUAAUAAUAACGUUGAUGCACAGAGAGACUUAUCGAUCGAAGCUAUAUAGUAGGGGUGAUUAGCUCGAUCGAUCGGGAUAGCGUCGAGGAGGCAUGCACCUGAAAAUCACGUAGCCAUACGUACUUUUCUUCUUCUUUCCUUUUUUUUUUCUUCUUUUUUCUGGUUUUUUCUUUUUUUUUUUUUUUUUUUCUUACGUAUAAUCACGAGAGAGCACACGUUUUAGAACACUCGUCGAAACGCGAGAGACGGAGGGAUGCGUUAAGAAGCAGAAAAAGAAGAAGAAGAAGAAGAAGAAAAAGAAGGAGAAGGAGGAGAAGAAGGAAAAAAGAAACAAA